AAAGAAAAGUGAGCCCUCUCGCCGAGUAUUGCAAUGGAACUUGAAAUUGCUGAUAUAAAAGUAAAACUAUCUCUGCUGAAAAGCAAGUUAACGUCCGGUCACCGGUGAUAUCAAGUCCGAGACUUGGUAGGUUAGUGUACAUUCGUUCAGCAAAAUCGCCGGAAAAAGAAACUUGCUGGAGGGCGUAUGACAAACGAACACUCACGGCUGUGUUGUUUAAUUGAUCAUUACCUCCGUCCUUAUACUGAAACUGGGUCUGCUUCUUUAACCAAAGAAAUGGAGAAACAACUUUUAAUUGCUCUUUCACAGGUUUAUACAGAAAUCAAGCAGUGGAUAAAGGAAUAUGACUCCGAUAACAGCUCUGAGGACAUGGCGGGAAAUUCUGUUGGUGGAGGUCAAAUAAUCCCUGAGUCACAUGCUCAUGAUCAUCAUUGUUUAACCAAAGUUAUUGGGGUCUUGGUAAGUUUUUCGAUUCGAAUACCCGUGAUGAGGUAUGACACAGGGAUUCCAAUCUUUAUAUGAUUUUUGGGGCUGAUUGGUUAAUUGGAUUCACUGUGACAAUACCAUAUUCUGUAGUACAGUUAUGUGUAUCAAAUACUACUGUGAAGCUUUAAAGUACAAAUGCUGUAACAUGUUGGCCCCAGCAUCGUGAUGUUUUUUCAAUUACCAUCCUGGUAUUUUCUCAAUCUCCUGUUCAGUUUGGAGUUUAAUUUCUGGACACUAAUUAAGAUCAAGAAUUUAAGCUCAUUUGACCAUUGCUGGAAAAUUGCCACAAUCCUGAUGAAAAAUGAUCUGAUAUGAAACCUNACC